GCAUCCAUAUCAUAAAGGCGGGACGUAACCACUAAAAGAAAGUUGGCAGACGCCAAUCUUGCGCAGCACUCGCUCCUGAUUGGUCCGCCGUUAUGAAUGAGGACAUGUCCAGUUAGCCAGAACGCAGCAAUUGGUGGAUAACGAACCUGGCAAGCUAGCCAAGCCAAGCCAGCCAGCCCGUUUGGACUGGGUCUGCGUUGAGGGAUUUGAACAGGUUUCGUCGCCCAAGAGGACAGCAAAGCCGGAUGCUGUGACUACCAUGAGUCCCGCAGGCUGCCCCCAUGUCAACAGCUUCAAAGUGGACAACUGGAAGCAGAACCUGAGGGUUAUUUAUCAGUGUUUCGUAUGGAGCGGCUCAGCCGAGACCAGAAAACGCAAGGCCAAGUCAUGUAUCUGCCACAUGUGCGGCGCCCACCUCAACAGACUCCACUCCUGCCUCUACUGCGUCUUCUUCGCCUGCUUUGCCAAAAAACACAUCCACGAACAUGCCAAGAGCAAAAGGCAUAAUCUAGCUAUUGACCUGCUGUACGGGGGAAUUUACUGCUUCAUGUGCCAAGACUACAUUUACGACAAAGACAUGGAACAGAUUGCCAAAGAGGAACAAAGGAAAGCCUGGAAAAUGCAAGGCAUAGGGGAGAAGUACUCGACGUGGGAGCCCACCAAGCGGGAGCUGGAGCUGCUCCGCCACAACCCCAAGAGGAGGAGAAUCACCUCCAACUGUACAAUUGGCCUGCGCGGUCUGAUAAACCUGGGCAACACGUGUUUCAUGAACUGCAUCGUCCAAGCGCUGACGCACACCCCGCUGUUGCGUGACUUCUUCCUGUCUGACCGACACAAAUGCGAGAUGCAGAGCAACUCCUGCUUGGUGUGUGAGAUGUCGCAACUCUUCCAGGAGUUCUACUCAGGCCAUCGCUCGCCACACAUCCCGUUCCGCCUCCUCCACCUGGUGUGGACUCACGCCCGUCACCUGGCCGGCUACGAGCAGCAAGACGCCCACGAGUUCCUCAUCGCAGCGUUGGAUGUCCUGCACAGACACUGCAAAGAUGACAACGGGAAGAAAGCCAACAACCCGAACCACUGUAACUGCAUCAUCGACCAAAUCUUCACAGGGGGCCUGCAGUCUGACGUCACCUGUCAAGUCUGCCAUGGUGUCUCAACGACCAUAGACCCGUUCUGGGACAUCAGCCUGGACCUUCCAGGCUCCUCCACCCCCUUCUGGCCCCUCAGCCCUGGAGGAGAUGGCUCAGCACUUAACGGAGAGAGUCACACCACUGGAGCCACAACGCUCACAGACUGCCUGCGCAGGUUCACCAGACCAGAGCACCUUGGCAGCAGCGCUAAGAUCAAGUGCAGUGGUUGCCAUAGUUACCAGGAGUCCACCAAGCAGCUGACCAUGAAGAAGCUGCCCAUCGUGGCCUGCUUUCACCUCAAAAGGUUUGAGCAUUCAGCCAAACUACGGAGGAAGAUCACAACUUAUGUCUCCUUCCCUUUGGAGCUGGACAUGACCCCCUUCAUGGCCUCCAGUAAAGAGAGCAGGAUGAAUGGACAGUACCAGCAGACCGUGGACCCGUUCAACAAUGAUAACAAGUACAGCCUGUUUGCGGUGGUAAACCACCAGGGGACACUAGAGAGUGGUCAUUACACCACCUUCAUCCGGCAGCACAAGGACCAGUGGUUCAAAUGUGACGAUGCCAUCAUCACAAAGGCCAGCAUCAAGGAUGUCCUGGACAGUGAAGGGUACCUUUUGUUUUAUCACAAACAGUUCCUGGAGUACGAAUAGUCCCCCACCCCAUCCCUCACCCAUCAGCACAGCCGCAGGAGGAGAUGAGGGGAUGAUGUAAGGAUUAUGUGCAUGGGAAAAGGUAACGAAGUGAUGAGAGAGAGAGAGGCAAAGAAGCAGAACACACAAGUCUCACCUCUCUCUAACACACAACCACCCUUACAACAUACUAAUAUAAUUCCACAGAACGAACUGUCUGUUGUGCAGGAGAGUGCAAAAAAAAUGCAAGAACCUUCAACAAAAUGCAAGACAGUUAGAAAGGGAGAUUUGUAUAAGCCCUGAAGGAAUAUUGCAUAUUUGCAAAAUCUUUUCACUGGAAUUCAGGGCAUACAGAAGAAAGCAAUUGUGAUACAUAUAAUCUGCUAUAAGUACAUUCGCCAAACCAGGCUGCACUUGAAGGUAAUAACUGAAUUGUGGACAGCGUAGUGUCGUAUCCCCUCCUUGCUUUCUCUUUUUCAGACACAAGACAGAAGGGCAGUUUUUUUUUUUGUUUUUUUUAAAACCUUAGUUUAUCUGGGGACAGUUUACUUGAUCACAUAUGCUGUUCUUCACCAACGGCCUGCUUCAUGCUCGCACAGCUGCAAACAUUAACACCAUGAGAGGUUAAAAAGUGGAGCUGCAGCCUCUCGCUGCUUUCGUGAGGGAAGUGAACAUUUGAAUUCACUUUACCCAAAACUGGCAACUUUCUGGACACCAGCACACUCGUCUACCACGUACACGCACGCCCCAAAAUGACCAAAUAUUUCAAGGAUGGAAUUUGUCUUAUUAUGCAUUUUUUUGCCCAGAAUGCAAAGAGUGAGGGGGAGAAAAAAAAAAAUCACCAGACAAAAUGGUAUUAUGAACAUUGUAUAGAGAGACUGUUUAUUCUAUUCACUUACUUGUGAGUUUGUUGUCAGUCAAAAACUUUUAAAAGACUUCGGAUAUGUUUUCUUUAACGCAAAGGAUUGUGGAUCUGUUAUUUUCUGCAUCUAUCGCUGCUUCCAACAGUCACAGGGGAAAAAUUACACAGUGAAUAUUAUAUUUUUAUACAUACUGUAAUUAAAAUGUUUGUUUACGGUUUGCAUUCUCCCUAAACUCUCACAUUGUUUGUCUGUGUUACAUUGUACUGUCAAUCAUGCUUCUUUUUUUUUUUUUU